AUUUUCCGCCCUCUAAUUCUCCAUCAAAACAAUAACUUACACAUCACCCCCCUACUUGUUUCUCUCUCUAUCCAGUAUCCCCCUCUCUCGAUCUUUACGGCUUCAAAAUCUGUAUCUAUUGAUCUUCAUAAGCCUCGAUUAUCGCUAACUGAUUUCGCUGUCGAUUCAGUUUAGGGAUUUACAGAUCUGUUUUUCGGUUCAAUAUGUUUUGGAAGCUCACACAACUUUCCUGUUCUCCGGUUGAAGAAGUGUUAGACAAGGAAAACUUCACAUUGGAAGAGCUUCUUGAUGAAGAAGAGAUAAUCCAAGAAUGCAAAGCUUUGAAUAGCCGCCUGAUAAAUUUUUUGAGAGACAGAGCUCAAGUUGAGCAGUUGCUACGAUACAUUGUUGAAGAGCCUUCCGAGGAUGCUGAUAGCAAAUGGAAGUUUAAGUUCCCUUUCAUUGCAUGUGAGAUAUUCACUUGUGAAAUUGAUGUCAUCCUUAAGACUUUAGUGGACGAUGAAGAGCUAAUGGAUUUGCUCUUUUCAUUCUUGGAGCCCAACCGUCCUCAUUGUGCGUUGCUUGCUGGGUAUUUUAGUAAGGUUGUGGUGUGCCUCAUGUUGCGGAAGACUAUUCCACUUAUGAAUUAUGUCCAGACCCAUCAUGAUGUUUUCCGCCAGAUGGUAGAUUUGAUUGGUAUUACAUCCAUAAUGGAGGUUUUGGUGCGACUUGUAGGCGCUGAUAUCUACCCCAAUACUAAGGAUGUAAUGCAAUGGUUGGCUGACAGCAAUUUAUUAGAAAUGAUUGUGGAUAAAUUGAGUCCCUCUGUAAGUCCAAAAUAGAUAGCACUUUUUUGCGUUGGUUUUGGUGAUAUAUAAUGCACUACGAUUAAGAAUAUAUUGAUUGUCUAUGUAUUGGGCAUAUGGUGCAUUAAGUAAUCUGGGUUUUCUGACUUGAUUCUGUCAUUUAGUGUCUCCCUGACUAUGUUUUUCGUUGG